AUGGCCGAGGCAAUUUUUGCGGUCGCGAGGAUCCUGGUGGCUGGGGUCGUCGAGGUCCACGUGGUGGUUAUCAAGGGCCACGAAUCUACAAAUCCCAACGUCAAAAACGUCGAAGACUCUUCCGCCAAGGCUCUGGUGGGAAGGAUAAAGAAUGCGGAAGAGCGUUCCCGUUGCCCUGGCCGGCCAGGCUAUGGCACGCUGGGACAGUCCGUCACGCUAUAUGCCAACUAUUUGUCUUUCACUUCCGUUGGUAGGCCAGUCUUCCGCUAUAGUGUGUCUAUCGCAAAGGACCAGGGUCGAGAUGUGCCAGUCAAGAAAGCAAGGCAAAUUGUCUGUCUCUUGCUUGAAGAACACUUCGUCAAAAACCGGUAUAACGUUGUCACUGAUUACCGAUCAAAUUUGAUCUCAUGUGUCGACCUGGGCCUGCAUGGAGACGAGAAGUUCUGUGUUCGGUAUAAGAAUGAGAAUGAAACUGACUUCGUCGAGGAUCCCAAGGUCUAUAAAGUGACUGUUGGAGCUACGGGAACUCUCAACCCCGCGGAUUUGCUCACCUACCUUACAUCGAGCGAGUUUGAAUACCCGUUGAUGCAACAAGAGCAGAUUGUGUCCGCGAUGAACGUGAUCAUUGGACACCACCCCAAGAAUGAAAAAUCGGUAUUGUCAAUUGGAGGUAACAAGCAUUUCAGCCUGGAUGCCUCGAUGGGUGAAAAGGCUACUUUGGCCGGUGGUUUAGAAGCACUGCGUGGUUUCUUCGUCAGUGUUCGUGCGGCCACUGCCCGGGUGCUAUUGAAUGUCCAAGUCAAAUAUCUGGCCUGCUAUCAAGAAGGUCCUUUGCCGACGGUUAUUCGAGAAUACCAGCACGCAAACCGUCGUAGCCUUUACCAUUUGGAAGGUUUCUUGAAGGGUAUGCGCGUCCGUACCACACAUAUUGUGCGCAAGCAUAGUAGCGGCAGGGUUCGAUCUGCAUCGGUCAAGACUAUCACUGGGUUGGCAACUCCUGUCGAUGGUCACUCCCGUACUAACCCGCCCAGGGUGGUCCGUCAUGGUGCCGGGCCCUUCGAAGUGCAGUUUUUCAUGGAGUCGAAGAACGCGCAUGGUGCGGCAGUCGUGCGCGCUACCGCUGCAGCCGAGGGCAAAGCGAAGAGAGCGAAGAAGGCUGUCAAAGCGGGGCCGGUCACUCCAGGACAGUAUAUCUCAGUCGGAGAGUAUUUUAAGAGAGAAUACAACAGGGAUUUGGACCCGAAGCUGCCUGUUGUCAAUGUGGGCAACCGGCAGUUUCCCUCAUACCUCCCCGCGGAAGUGUGUGAAGUUGAGCCUGGUCAAGCCGUUCGAACUAAACUCACUCCUGACCAGACAUCUGACAUGCUGCGCUUCGCUGUGAUGGGUCGCACGCCGGCGCAGGAUGCUCAGUCUAUUGCAACUAAGGGUGUUGCCAUGCUGGGUCUAGGAGAGCCACUAAAUGCUACUCUUUCUGCGUUCGGUGUCCGUGUCGGCAAUGGCCUUAUCACAGUACAAGGCCGCGUCUUGCCUCCCCCGAAGAUUCAAUAUGCCAAACAGAAGGAGAUUCCCACAACGACUGGCUCGUGGAAUAUGAAAGCUGUGCAAUUCUCCAGGCCCGCUUCUCUGAAGCCUUGGACAUAUCUCUAUGUUCUUCGGCCCGGUGCUCGCGCACAUUGGAACAAUUCAGCUGAAAUGAUGGAGUCCCUGCGCAAGUUUACUUCUGUCCUCAGAACCCUUGGUAUUGAUGCCGAGCCACCGAAGGCAGGCCAGCGUAUCGUCCUUGAUGGCAGAAAUGAUGCUGAGCAUAUAGAAAGAAGCGUUCGCGAACUCCAAGACCGUUACCGACCUUCCUUAAUCCUGGGCGUCCUCUAUGCUAAAGACACAGUUCUUUACAACUCGAUUAAGCUGGUUUGCGAUGUUCGCUGCGGUGUCCGAAAUGUUAACGUCCAGGCCGAAAAAUUGCGAGUCGCACAGGACCAGUACUGUGCCAACGUGGGGUUGAAGGUUAACCUUAAGUUGGGCGGUGGAAAUCAAAAUCUUCGCCGCUCAGAGCUUGGCUUAUUUGCCAAUGGCAAGACGAUGCUUGUCGGCCUCGAUGUGACCCACCCCUCUCCAGGGUCAGCACGCCAUGCUCCCAGCGUAGCAGCCAUCGUCGCCUCUGUCAACGCCGCUCUCGCUCAAUGGCCAGCCGAGAUCCGCGUCCAGCCUUCUAAACAGGAAAUGGUCGCCGAUCUUGACGCCCUGCUGCAGUCCCGUCUCAGGUAUUGGGCCCGGCAUAACAAGAACGAAUACCCGGAAAAUAUUGUUGUCUACCGUGACGGUGUUUCGGAAGGCCAAUACGACCUUGUCCUUGGACAAGAGCUCCCUCUGCUCAAACAAGCUUGUAAAACUAUUUACCCGGCCAGCGCCACAGCCCGCGGCCUCCCGCGUAUGGCCGUCAUCGUGGUGGGUAAGCGUCACAACACUCGCUUCUAUCCCACCGUCGCCGCUGACGCAGAUCGCUCCGCGAACCCAUUGCCCGGAACCGUCGUUGACCGUGGGAUUUCUGAGGCCCGACAUUGGGACUUCUUCCUCCAGGCGCACUCAGCGCUUCAAGGAAUCGCUCGUCCCGCCCACUACUUCACAGUGUGGGAUGAAAUUUUCUCUGAUGGUCGGCCAACGGCAGUCGGGCCUUUUGGAGCAGCAGAUACCCUGCAGGACUUGACCCACAAGCUGUGCUAUCUAUUCGGCCGUGCAACCAAGGCAGUUAGUGUCUGCCCUCCAGCUUACUAUGCGGAUCUUGUAUGUACACGGGCGCGAUGCUACAUGAGUGAGCCUUUCGACCCUAUCCCCUCUGCGACACCAGAAGCAAGUGUUCUGGGAAUUGAGAGCAGUCGAAGUCUGGUGCCAAAUUGUGACCAGGUUGUUGUGCACCCUAAUGUGAAGGAUACCAUGUUCUACAUUUAG